CAUUUUUUAUCCAUCGAAAUUAGUCCUUUUCCCCGUUUGCUUUGGUACAGUAAAGUGUUCCAAACAGACCCUUAAAUCCUUAAAGUAAAGUAUAUGUGCUCUCCAAUUAUUACACUCCUCCAACCUCAGAAAAUCCACUGAAUAAAUCAGCUGACUUCCACUCGCCCUUGUGCAGCUUGCCCUUUUUGUUUCCCGUUCUCUUUCUCCGAUUCUCUUUGAGGUAAAUCAUGAUUAUAACUUUUUCCUCUUGUAUUGCCCAUUUGUGCGUAUUGUGCGAUUUGAUCUAAUUUUGCAUAUUUCCAAUUGCUGCUGAGUUUUGAAAUUGACCUUCUAAAUGGUUCUUUUUUAUUCACUGCUGCUGUGAUCUGAAUGGAAAUAAGUGUCUUUCGUCUAUUAUGAUUUGUGUUUUGGUUAAAGAUUGUUUCUUUCUAUCGUUAGUAAUUUUGGUGAUCUUGACCCUUUUGGUGAUAUCUCGUUAUGCUUCUUGACGAUGUUCUUCCUUAAUCCUUUUCUCAUUGAUUGGAUUUUUGCACUAAGAAUCAGUGAAUCUGGAAUGUUACUGCUGUAUUACUGAGUAAAAACUGAAAAGGGCUAUGGUGAAACAGUCAGCCGGAAGGUCACCGAGAUAGAAUGGCGCUGGUUACCACUGCUGAAGUUUGUGACGCCAAUCCACAGCUUAUUGUCAGUGGUGAACUCCGGGCACUCCAACCUGUUUUUCAGAUAUAUGGCAGGCGCCAAGUAUUCUCCGGUCCAGUUGUCACUCUAAAAGUGUUCGAAGAUAAUGUUUUGGUGCGAGAGUUUCUUGAGGAGAAAGGCAAUGGCAGAGUCCUGGUUGUUGAUGGUGGUGCCAGUUUGAGAUGUGCUAUAUUGGGCGGUAACCCUGUGGUGCAAGCUCAAAAUAACGGCUGGGCAGGUAUAGUGGUCAAUGGUUGUAUAAGGGAUGUUGAUGAAAUCAAUGGUUGUGAUAUCGGUGUACGAGCUCUGGCGUCCCAUCCUAUGAAAGCCAAUAAGAAGGGUAUUGGAGAGAAACAUGUACCAAUUACUGUUGCUGGAACACGAAUUUGUGAUGGAGAAUGGCUAUAUGCAGAUACUGAUGGUAUUUUGAUUUCCAGAACAGAGCUUUCUGUUUGAUGUUAAAUGUUGUCUUUUUUUCAAUAUGGACUUGUAGCUCUGUUGCCCACUUGCUUCAUACUGGAAGCCAAUUGAACCUUUGAUGGAACUGUUUGCUAAUUUAUUACUGCAAAUCAAAGGUGUGUUGUAUUUUCUGCUUCUAAAUUUUUUCAUCCCUCUCUUGUUUGUUCUUUUGGAGGGAAUACGUUUUUGCAUGCUGGGCAAACCAGAUAGAGGGGUUUUAGUGCUUCUGGUGUUUAUUAUACGCAAACUCUUCAAGUGAGAUCAUAUUUAGUAACAAGAAUAAGCUCUGCAACUGUCAUUUUUUUCCUUAAAUUUCCAUGUUGUGCAAAAUUUUGGACCAAAAUGAGGAAGAAGACCCGGACGCCCUUUACAUAAAUUAUUGGAGGCAAACGCUGCUUUUACCAUGGAUAACCUUGUUAGAGGGACGGCUUUCCCUACGGUAACCUGGGAACUGCAUGCUGUUGUCUCAUGGGAUAGAACUGAUUACAUGGACCUUAGCUAAGGGCUAAGGAAGAUCCAGGUUGCUUUCGUGCACUAUUAGAUGCUAUGAAUACUGACAACUUUGUUAGUUUAGCAAUCAUUUGAUGGAAGAUAGCUAGAGUGUAGGAAGGCUGUACAACUAUAAAGAAUGAGAUAUGCUUUACACAAAUUAUUCAUGUAGACUAUCAGUUAGAUACAGAAUAUGGUCACUAAUUAACUUGAGCAUCUUCUUUCUUGAAUGACAUGCUUCUACCAAUUGCACUAUCGAUUCAAUUCAACCAUUGUUAUUGCUCAUGUCGAAACUCUUUUAACUUCAUCAAUCAUUUUAGCGUACCCCGAAGAGCAGCAAGACGAGCCACAAAGUCAUCAUAUUCUGGCAAGUUCGGAUGAACAUGUCCAUUUGCAUUUAACACAUCAGGUUGAAAGGAAGAAGCUCGAGCAUGCGAUCUUGUAGCUUCCGUAGGGCUUGAUUCAGCAGGAAGAGAUGCUGUUCUAGAUGUUAGACCUUUGCCUCUGUCUUUCGCUUCUCUGCCUGGUUUGCUGGGAGGCUUUUGAUGAGAAGGUUGGAGAUCACUUCCUUCUGAUUCGCCAGUAUCAGGAGGUAACUUCUUUCUGCUAUAGUGCAGCAAAAGCCUGUCCAUUACCUUUUCCUCUUCAUCUCGUUCAUCAUGCUUUCUCCUAGUUAAGUUCUUCAAAUGUUGCUUGUCCCCUUCCUCACCAUCAUGUUGACUUGUAAUCUUUGAAGUCUUAUUUUCUGAACCAUUGGUUUGAGUAUUAGAUACAUUAUCUGCACCUGGCCUUGGUUUUUGGAAUCUCCUCCUUACAGAUUUUGGUUUUGGCUUAGGGUUGCCUAUGGAGUCAUCUUGAUGAUCAGUUUUGUGUGUCUCUUUCUGCACUUUGGCUCCAGCAUCAGUAGGAGGGGCAUCAGGUGUAGUUUUCUUGAUGCCAGUUUUGGCUUUGACAUAAGGAGGGGGGAUAGAUUUGUACUGAAAACUUUCCUUUUCAUUGUCAUCUUCCUCUGAAGUAAUUGCACCAUGUGUUUCCUUCUGUUGCACUUUUCUGUUGAUACGAUCCACUUGAAUAUCUUUGAUGGGGGCGCUAAUCUCCUCUCCACCGUAGGAUAGAUCCCUUAGGUUUCGUCGAUCUACUGCAUCUUUAACACCUUCCUUUCCAAAAGAUGCAUGUCCAUUCUUCAUGAUGUCCUGUAGAUGCAAACGUUAAUGUUAUUUUCACAGAACCAUACGCUGAUGUGAAGAUUCUUUUCUAUCAAAUUCAAGUCACAAAAGAGUAUUAUGUUUUCCUUUAUUAAUCCAGUGGUUAAAAAUGCAGACAAGGCUACUUAGAAUGCUUACAGGUUCCGAGAGACGGGGACUUUUGUGUAUCUUCUGCUCAAAAGUCUUUGAAUCCCAUUCCAAACCGCACUCUGAUGCUAUGUCUUGCAUCAGUUGAAGCUUGAGACCUCUUUCAGGAGGGCCUGAUUUCAACUUAUUGGCGAACUGAAUCAUUGGAAUUCUGCUUAGUACAUGGAAUAAUUUACCAAUACGGUGAUUUGCGUAUUCACAUGUGAUGAAAGACAUAAGGAAACUACCUCUUUAUUUACAUAGAACUCGAUGGAAUUCCCAUAUCUAUCAGUAAAGAUAGUCCUCAGAUCUCGCAAUUCUGGAAGAUCAGAAAAUCUGGCUGCUGCAAACAUCAAAGAUGAAACAGCUUCCUUGCACUCUUCGGGGCACUCCCUGCAAAAUAGUGU